AGGGCCCGCGUGCGCGUGCGCCUACGCAACCUGCGUGGCAGAGCGGAGGCUAUAAGUUGUCCGUGUGGGCCGCGUUUCUUGUUCUUGGCUGAGCACUUCGCCUUGUCUCCUGGUGGCCGUCUGGAUCGUGACUUCACGCUCUCGUUGACUGACUUUCUUCCCGACUCCUGUACGACCAGCUGUUACAGCGAGCGGGCCACUCCCUCCCGGCCCUUCUGGAGGAUCCAGAGUCCUGCCAGAGGCAGAAGGCAGCUCUGCUGUUCUACAAAGUGGGAUCCUUUCAGCCAUGAAGCAUAUAUUGAACCUCUAUCUCUUAGGUGUGAUGCUGACCCUGGUCUCCGUCUUCAUCAGACUUGUGGAGUUAGUGGAGGGCUUACUGGAGAGCCCAUCGGCCUGGAGCUCUUGGACCACCAGAGGUCAACUAGCCAGCAUAGAGCCCAAGGGCCUUCCAAAACAUCCAUCCAGAAGAGUGUGAUAAGACCUCCCUCCACCGGCUAUAACCUUGGAACACUGGCCUAACCCUGUCCAACCUGGGCAGGCGAAAUCAGCAUCAGUGUUACCAGAACUAUUACUAGAUCUUGAAGAUCCCCCUCCAUCUGGAUGCUUCUUGCUGGGGAAAAGAGCCUGUUUAGAACACAUGUGUGACUGGGUUGUGUGUGGCUGUGGGAUGGAUGGAGUGAUCUCACUCUUUUCCCCAGAGUCUGUUGUACUCUUUGCUGUCCUUGGCAUGGUGGCUCUGACAUCUUUUUAGAAGAAGGCUCUUUGCAUCUUCCGCCGUUGGGAGAUGAUGGUGUUUUUAGCCGUACUUCCUAAACAUCUGCCAAGAGUUCUUUUGGACUUGAGUGUCUUAUGUUCAGUUUCUUUGGUGUUCGGCUUUUUCACCUGAGCUCCUCAGGGUGUGGGUAAGAAUUGAGGUGUAUGGGUUGGCCUUAGGGAGGGUGAAGAUAAGAAUAUUCAGUGUCCAGUUCUCUUCGUUUUAUAUUUUUAAGUCCUUCCUCCAACAUAUGUGUAUGUAUAUGUGUAUGUAUUGGCAGUGGGAUGACAAUGCCUGCUUGAGACAUAGACAUAGCCACCAUGUGGCUUAAGUGAAUUUUUCUAAUGAAGUAAAGUUGAUAUAUUUCCACUAC